UCCAGCAACUUCAUCCUUUUUUAAUUAUUGUACCUGCUGGAGGAUACAAAUGUACGAAGCUGAACUUACAUUCUAGUGGAAGCACAUUAUCGAGAAGAGUUUGAUUCGUAUAGUUACGGCCUGUCGAAAAGAUUUUCGGCAAGCACUCGGCGACAAAUCGAAAACGGAGCACUUAAGCAGAUGCUCGUACAAAGAGAACCUAUUAAGAAAUUGCUGAGUACCUGUGAAGGCGCUUACGUGAAUCGUGUCGAGUCAAGAUCGUCAUACAUAGAACAGUUUUGAGUCGAAUUUAUCAAAUAUUGGAUCCAGCAUUUUCACAGAAAAAAAGCAAUUUUGUUUUGGUGGACAGUUUUUUGCGUACUGUUUUGCCUCCCCCCCCCCCCCCAAGGAUUGCAGUGAAGUUAUCCUUUUGAACUUAGUUCUAUGAAGAAAUGCCUGAAAACUUAAUUGUGACGAAUAUUAUCAAACCACCAAAUAACGCGUGGUUAGCGUACUGCAUACAACAGCGGGCUGUAAAGAAAACGGAGAUGCUUUGCCCAGAGUGGCAAGUGUAGGUAGGUGGUGUCCAUGUAUACAGCUAAAGUGCCAAGAGGCUGUCCUACAGCCUACGUAGACGUGACUGGGGCAACAAGGGGGCGUCGGAGAUGGCAUCACACAGUUCUGGCAGCACCUGGGCAGUUCAUUAUGAGGACUCCACACGUUACGGAGUAGGAAACUACUGUCUGCGUAGUCUGAUCGUAGUAAGUUUUCUCCUCAUUGUCACGGCUACACCUCAAGAUUCGCCUCAGAAUGAAAAAACAUCUCAUUGGUCUGUCGACGUUCCUGCUUUUUACCAUCGGUUAUAUUUUAGCGGUGGCGAAAGCGAGGUUCGGGCACAUUUGCAUGAAGUGACAGUGCUUGAAAAUGCUCUGCAGUUUCGAGGCACGGUGUCGCGACGUUUAUCCGAUGGUAAUCAACUUCUCAGCCUAUUCUAUCUCGACGGCAAGCUAGAAUCAUGCAGGGUGGAAUCUGAUCCAGUGGAAGUAGCCGAGUUCUAUCGGGCCAUAAUGGACGAUUUCAACUGUGCCGAACAUAAAACGGCUCGCCAGGUGUUCGAUGGGCUUGAGAAAGUAGACCAGGCAACACAGAUAAUGACGUCUUCAUCAGUGUUCGAGGACGAUGAUCUCUUAAACUUAGAUAAAAGAUAUUUAAACAACCACGAGAGGAAAAGCCAAAGUUCAAAUCUGAAGUAUACAGUAAAGGAUAUUCCAGACACACCGAAAAACGUAGAGAGGAGGACAGAGAUACUAUUUAGUGUAGAAAACUCCAAUGCAGAAGAUUCAUCCCGCGGUAUCGAGGAUUCGCCGUUGUACGGCUCGGAGGAACCGCUGUGGUGUUCGAUUGAAGACCGUCUAGAGCGCCAAAUUUGGAAUGAGACGUUUAUGCUUCUAGAUCAGGCGGCACAAAAAAAGCAACUCAUGAAAGAAGUCAACGAAGUGCUCCACUUCAAGUCGCAUAGAAAAGCUUGUUGGAGCCUGCAGCGCCGAAUAAGAAGAACUGCAGCCGCCCAAAACAAACCUCAACAACUCAGUGAACUUCAUGGAAUGAAAGGAUUGCAAUCUGACGAUGACGAGGUCAUUAACGCGGAAGAAAGUCUGCUGGAUGUCCAGCAAGGAAACAACGGAAACGUGCUUCACAAACGUCGAAAACGCGUGCGUCGUUCGCUAUUUUCGUCGAUAAUGCCAGGUACUAAAUGGUGCGGUUCCGGUAAUCGUGCAGCUGCUCCGAACGAAUUGGGCGCAAGUGCCCGCACCGAUCAUUGUUGUCGCCAACACGACCAAUGCCCUUACACGCUCGUGGCAUUCGAGAGGCGCUGGGGUCUUCGAAACAAAAGUCUCUUUACCAUGUCACACUGCAAAUGCGAUGAAAGGUUUCGCUCAUGUCUGAAGAUGACCCGCACUUCGCAAAGCCGUUUCGUGGGCCGAUUAUUCUUCGAUCUACUAUCCAAGCAGUGCUUUGUCUUCAGAAGAGUUCGACGUUGUGCUCGUCUGUCAUGGGACGGAAGCCGCUGCAUCCGCAAACGUUGGGCAAAAAAAGCUAUUGUCCGUGAUGGGAUGAACUUUUACUGAAGCAAUAAUUGUUCAGUCGGCAACACGCGUUUGCCAUACAUGCCCAGAUGCAAGUACACACAUGUGUGUAUACUGAAAUGGGUCCCACCUUGUUGCCAAUGUCUAUUCCAUUCAGGAACUUGUACGCGUAUAUUAAGCAAUUAUAUAUAAUAUGCAUUAAAGUAUCUGGUCGAUAGGUGUCAAACUGCGAUAAAAAAUUAUGUUGUUGAGCACCUUGGAACUCCUCAUUACAUUAAUGGAUCUAGUUUCGUCAAAGGAUGUGGAUACAGAAUAUAUUUUUGGUCGGCAAAAACGAAUUUGUUUGUACGUAAACUAAUAUAGCUACGAAUGCGGUUCUACAAAAAUGUGACACUUUCGAGCACCAUUUCGCAGCGCAGAAAUCGACUAGUAAAUAUGUAGAUUUGACCUUAUCCCCGGGUGAUUAGCUGUUAUAACAUUGUUUGAAUUUGAAUUUAUUAAGGACAGCUCUAUUUGGCGCAAAACGAACACAGCAUUACAUUCUACUACUUUGCAUACUAUCAAUACGCGCCCUUACAUUUGUUUAUGAUUUUUUUGAUAAAUUUGUUGCUGAUCAGCCGGAAUUUUCUGAAAGUAUUGGAAGCUGGCCGUUCCAAGAGAUGGCUUUCUUCCUUACUAACUUCUCAUAAAGGCCUACCUUUUACUUCCUUCUGUCGUGCGCUACUAAAUAUCAAGCAGAACGUUUCUUUACCUGCCUAUAAUAAAUAGUGCGAACUUUAAACCCGGUGCUGCCGUUAAGCAUUGUUUUAGACAACUGGCCCUUCCCAGCACGAACUAUAUUUACGUUCAAUUUUAAAUCCAGACCACCUUACGUGUUUGUAAUUCUAAUGGACCAACACGUUACUAUUGCAACGAAGACUGGUUUCGUUAGUUUCUGACUUAUGAAUAUAGAUCGAGAGGAAGGGCCACUCAAAGAGUUAAGUUCAGGAUUACGCUCUUUACCAUAAAUACGCUUUUCGAAUUGGCAGCUGGUGAGACUUUGUUGGAGACAGAUGUCAGGGAAUACUUCGAGGUGAGCCUCUUAGUUUUAGUAUAGGCAAAACCUGAUCAAUAUUUUUCAUUGGCACUCCGUACUGUAUUUUGUCGACUGAACACAGCUACACACGUUGUCAUCAAAAUAAGUGAAAAAAUACACAGUUGUCAGUUGCGAUGUAUCGAUCCUGAGGCUCAUCUAUAACGGCACCCGAACAUGAAUCGUACGAGUGAUAGUUUUAGCAAUAAUGUAGUUGGCACACAUAAUGAACAUCUUGAAGACCCUAAUCCUUACCGCAGCGAAAGUUAUUUAACUCCCGCUGUUACCAAUAACACAUUCAGGCCAUUAUCGAAUUCAAUACGUGAGUUGAUGCAUGACAAAAGAGUUGCAUCGUCCUUCUGUACUCCGUGUUCUCUUAGCUUAUAGUCGAUUUUUCGAAUUCGCCCGCCUCUAACUUCCAAAAUAUGCAGCUGGGUUCCAACAUUAUGGUAUAAUUCAUACAUAAUGAUAAUAUAGCAAUAAAAGAGAUACACAAACAAGAAGUCGCCACAACUAUAAAUACUUAAUCUAGAAACAUUGAAAAGAUGAAAGGUUUGUGGGGACCUAACAAUUAGAUGAACAAUUGAGCUUGUUUAUGGAAAUGUAAUAAUUUAUUAUGAUAUAUUUCUUAUUUGUACAUACUUUGCCAUUUUACCGAACCGUAAAAUAGUUACUAUUAUUAUUAUCAUCGCCAUUAUGAUGUUAUCCAUAAAUUAUUCUUGCGUCUACCAAACAACAAUUAGUACUAUUUUAUAUUUCAUUUCUUCAUCAGCACAUUGGAAUUAAGUAGCUGUGCUCUACGCGUAGUCCCUUCUCAAAUACCAUCCGUGUUAUGCUAUUUAUAAUGAGCUUUUUUUUCUUUGAGAACCUCUUGUCAUUUAUAUAGUUCAGCCGCCUAACUCUUGCUUCUAUUAUAUAGCGAAUGGAUCAGGUAAUAUGCUGUUCUCUACACGAUGAGGCGCGUUUUUGGGAAUGUUUGAAAUGUGAGAGAGAAAGAAUAACAGAUUGAAUAAUUACUGAAAUACAAAAAAAGAAAACGUGUGAAUGUGUGUAUUCGAAUGGUUCAUAUGAAAGAAGGACACUGGUUAACACACAAAAUUUUAAACUAACAUGAUUACAAUUGAAGACAAGACAGAUUUAAGGAUCUUGUGUAGCUAAUUAAGAGCAACAAUAUAUUGCUAAAAUCGAAAUAAGAGGAAAACGUGUUGUACAAGCCACCGUAUACGAAAAGGAUAUUGGACUUCCAGUGAUUAUCAGAGAAUUCUACUACAGAGAACGAACAUGACAGUGAGCAUUCUCGAAGAGUUUCUUUUGGACAAGUCUCAGCAGAAUAACUGCAUCCCGUAAAUAUAAAAAGCAACGAUACCGAACGAAGUGUG